AUGGCCACCACUACUCACCAGGCAAAGGACGCGCCUGAAUUCGCGCAUGUGAACAGCGUGCUCGACGAUGAGAAGCCAGCGCAGGUGGAGGAGAGGGAUUGGACGGGUACUGCCAAGAAGACAGACCCAGAGGAGAUCCGCCUUGUCAAGAAGCUUGAUCUCUGGAUCAUGCCUUGUCUUUGUAUUAUGUACUUCCUCAACUACGUCGAUCGAAACGCGAUUGCUCAAGCGCGAUUGAAUAAUUUGGAGGAGGAUCUCAACAUGACUGGUACCGAGUUCAACACAACAGUUUCGAUCUUGUUUGUUGGUUAUGUCCUUAUGCAGGUUCCCAGCAACAUGUUGAUCACCAAGGUGAAGCCUGGUAUGUACAUGAGUUCAUGGAUGCUGGUCUGGGCUGCUGUGUCUGCUUGCACUGCUCUUGUCAAGAGCUACGCCGGUCUCGUUGUCUGCCGAUUCUUCCUUGGUAUCACCGAAGCACCUUUCUACCCCGGCGCCACAUACAUGCUCUCCAUCUUUUACACACGCAAGGAGGUCGCUGCUCGUAUUGCCGUUCUCUACUGCGCCCAGAUUCUCGCCACUGGCUUCUCUGGUCUUAUCGCCGCUGGUGUCUUUGCAGGCAUGGACGGUCUGGCUGGUCUCGCAGGAUGGCGAUGGCUUUUCAUCGUCGAAGGUGCCGCUACUGCUGUCGUUGCCAUCGCAGGCUUCUUCAUGCUUCCCAACACACCCCUCACCACACGCUGGCUCACCGAUCGCGAGAAGCAGCUUGCUCACGAGCGCAUGGAGAAGGAUAAGGUGUCAGACUCUCAGGAGGGCGGCUCUUCUUGGGAGGGCUUGAAGCAGGCUUGCAGUGAUAAGCGAACGUGGCUUUUCUGUCUCAUGCAGAACUUUCAUCUUUCGGCCUGCUCGUUCAAUUCUUUCUUCCCUACUGUCGUCAAGACGCUUGGCUUCAGCACGACUAUCACUCUCGUCAUGACCUGCCCGCCUUUCAUCUUCGCUGGUGCCGCGGGUAUCCUCUUUGGAUGGAAUUCUGGACGAGUCCACGAGCGCACAUGGCAUAUCACCGUCGGUCUCUCCAUCGCUGUGGCAGGUUUCGUCCUCGCUGCUUCUACGCUCAACACAGCUGCUCGAUACGUGGCCUGCUUCAUCUUCCCCAUGGGCGCCUACGCUGUCAACUCGGUCAUUAUUGGAUGGGCUUCUUCGACUCUGUCUCAGACCAAGGAGAAGAAGGCUGUCGUUCUAGCCAUGACCAACGUCGGUGGACAGAUUGGUUACAUCUACGGUGCCUACCUCUGGCCCAAGAGCGACUCUCCUAGAUAUGGAAUUGGUUUCGGUGCAUCUGCCGGUUUCGCCCUGUGCUCCAUUGCAUGCGCCUGGUGCAUUCGUAUUCUGCUGGUGCGGGAGAACCGUCGCAUCCGUGCUUCCACCUCUGAGCAGGUUAACUUAUUCGGAUACUAA